AGGUGCUAGAGCGGAGUCUCCAGCACAGCCAGAUUUCUACGAUUUUUUGCCUACGACUAAGUUAGCCUCCUUAAAAUUUCCAUCAACUGGCUUUACACCUGUGCUUGGUUGUUGGAGGCUACUAAGUAAGGGAGACCAAGUACAAGAAGGUUCUUUUCCUACACCCUCAACUGGAGAAAGAGAGGCCAGGCGUAGCGAAACAUAUUAACAGCAUUGGAUCCGGUACACAGGUUUCGAAAAGGAUUUUGCAAUCGUUGCUUGUGCGCUUCGUUGAGCAUGAUCAUCGCCUAAGUGCUAACCGUACAGGCUAUUCUGUCAGGGAGUUCGAACCCAACCUGGAGUGACGAAUCGGCUGAUGUUUACCCGUUUGGCAUGUGGUGUCAACACCUGUUGCAGUUGGUGUGUCUUAGGGGUGGCACUUCUUUUGGCGGUACUCUUGUGACUUUAGUUUUACCGUUCUCUAGGACAGAAUAGGUAGACACAGAUGAUAUCUUCUGCCGUUCACUACCGCUUCUUACUAGAGGACAACAGCAGACAAAGAGAUCUCUUUGUCGAUCUCGAAACAACAGCACCAAAAAGCUUUUAGAAACUCUAGUAUAUAUAGACGUCUAAGUGCCCCCUGGUACCGACCGAUGUGUGAGGAAUUUUUAGAUGGGACGAGCUGGGAAAGACAUGUGGAAGGCGAGGUUAUGAAAGCUGGGAUGGCUUCGAUGGCCUCGAUCUUUUUUGGUGGCUCCAUCGGCGAAGGGUUGGAAGACUUACUACUUCAAAAGCAAGGAAUUUCGAGAACAUCUCUACCUGUCAUGGCUAGGCUUCUUUAUAUGAAGUUACAGGAAGGCUGAUAGGGAGAUACCGGAGGAUACCGUAGUUCGUAACGCGAUCAUGGCAAUUACCUCAUUUUCUCCUAGUGCAUCUAAUUUGCAAUUCGAAGGCUGGAAGCGGAUGAAUCUUCCUGUCGAACCAAGGAGAACAACGGGGCAUCCAGAGCAUUGGAGAUCAGUGAAAUCCCACAAAUGUGCUGGCGUUGUUCUGCAAACGCGCACAAACCAGACGUAGAAAAACACAUCGGGAUCACGGUUGCAAGAACGCUGAGGAUGCCUGGCGCCUUUGGGCCUUCGCUGGUCGGAAUACCUCGUCGAACGCGAAUGCAAAUGCUUAUGUUGGAGAGGUUAAAUUUUUGACUCUACCUAGUACAUUGGAGAAGUUAAAUGAAACCCCAUCUAUGUUCUUCCACAUUGAUAAUGGACUCAUGACUUUCAUCUGGCAGCAGCUUGUUCCAAGAUGGAUUUGGGUGAGCUCCUCUAAGUUUCUGCUAGAAAUUGACAACUUCGCUCACGCGCAAGGAGUCAGUGCGAAGUUGAAGGCUGCGUUUGAACUGACCGACAACGAAGUGGAAAGAAGUACUAUCAGGAAUCGGAUCUACUUCAUGUUCAUCCUCGUGUCAUUCCAGAUUCUGGUUAUCAUCGGCAUGUUGCAAAUCCAAGUCGUCGAGGAAGAAUUCGACGCGCAUAAGAGACAAACGUAAGUACUUAAUCGUGCACUUUGUGCGACACUUUGUGAUGAUCAUGCUAGCGGGAAGCAGUCCAGCACUGGACGGAGAUUAUUUAUGUGACAGAAGAGGAUUACUGGUUGUUCCGAGGAUCAUUACCUAUGCGACAGAAGAGGAGCCUAGUAGAAGUACAACUACAGACGUUGCACCUGCCCAGUAGGAGGUCGGGGUAGUACAACCACAGCGGCACGAAAUAGCUGACGGUAAAACACUAACACCUAAUGAUAGCAUUAUGAGUAGGCGUGGUGGUGAUCAUGGAAUUUGCAGUAGCACAGCGAGGACACUUUCCUGGCGCAAGCAUUUGAAAUAUUUCAUAAUACGGACUGCAAUCGGUUAUAUUGCAGUAGGCGUGGCCAGCAUAUGGACGUGGGUGAGGUAGGACAAGUGGCUAACAGAUGAAGAUGAGCGUGGGUCUGUCUCCAUUGUGAUAUAGACUCGAGUCAGAUGAGAGUCCUUGUGAUCUGAAAGGUACAUUAAGACACAACAUAAGAACCACAACUCAUACGAACAAGUCAUAAAACGAACGUCUCAAACUUUCCAAGAAUGAAACGAAAUAUUUCAUCUCCCACAAAGAGCCGUCAUCGCAU